UAACUCAAACCACCGAAACAAAGUUCAACAAUGGGAAAAAGUUCAUCGAAACUAUGGGUGUUUUUACUGCUAGCGGUUGUGGUGUCAAAUGCACUGGUGAUCGGAGUCUAUGGACAAGGUAGAAGUCGGUGGGAGGGUGAUGCUGGGGAGGAGACAAGAAGGGGGAGAAAAGAGGUGCCACCGGAGUCUCAACGUGGUCGUGGUGGUGGUGGGAGUAGGGAGAUGCCGCCGGAGGAAGAAGCUGGUCGUGGUGGUGCUGGUGGCGGUGGAGGUAGUAGGAGGGGACGAAUGGACUCGAGGAGGUUUAUACUGCAGGACGCAAAGCGAGUGGUGGCAACCGACGCCGGUGGAAUGAGAGUGGUGAAGGGUGUCGGUGGAAAACUCACAGAAAGUCCGAUGCAUAUUGGGUUCAUAACAAUGGAACCAAACAGCAUGUUCAUCCCACAGUAUCUUGAUUCCAGCCUGAUCAUCUUCGUCGAAUUAGGCGAGGCCAGAAUCGGGUCGAUCUAUCAAGACGAUUUCAUUGAAAAAGAUCUGAAAUCUGGAGAUUUGUACAGAGUCCAAGCUGGUUCAGCAUUCUAUAUCGUAAACACUGCAGAGGGUCAAAGACUCCAUAUCAUCACUAGCAUCGACACCUCCGAGAGCUCGGAUUGGAGUGCUUUUGAGUCGUUUUACAUCGGAGGAGGAGCAAACCCAUCUUCAGUGCUUGCCGGAUUCGAUAUCCAAACUCUAUCGACAGCACUUAAUGUUUCGUAUAAUACAGUCGGUGAGUUGCUUUCAAGUCGACAAAAAGGAGCGAUUGUGUACUUGAAACCCGACAGCGAGUCUGAAAAAGAACCAAGCUUAUGGAAGAGAUUCUUGGAUCAAGGAAAGCACGAGAAGCAAGCACAGAUGAAGAGAAUCGUUCAAGUACGUGUGAAAAACGACGAAGGAGAGAAGACGACAUGGUCGUUGACUGAUUUUGUAAAUUCCAUGUUUGGAGUGAACAGGAAGAAAGGUGACAGCAAGUCGCUGGAUUCAUACAAUAUCUAUGAUCGGAAACCUGAUUUCAAAAACGACUACGGAUGGAGCAUUGAGGUCAACGAAAACGACUAUGAACCACUUAAGAAAUCCGACUUCGGAGUCUAUCUUGUCAAUCUCACUGCGGGAUCGAUGAUGGCACCUCACAUUAAUCCAACAGCAAUAGAGUAUGGGGUAGUGUUAAGUGGAACUGGAAACAUUCAAGUGGUGUUUCCAAAUGGGACAUUAGCCAUGAAUGCUGAAGUGAACGAAGGUGAUGUGUUUUGGAUUCCACGAUACUUUCCUUUUUGUCAAGUAGCUUCACGAUCGAACCCGUUUGUGUUCUUUGGAUUUUCAACGUCGGCAAGAAACAACAGGCCACAGUUCUUGGUGGGUCAAGGUUCUCUUUUGCAAACCAUGAUGGGGCCGGAGUUUGCAACUGCUUUUGGGAUGAGCGAAGAGAGGCUAAAGGAGAUUGCUGAUGCUCAGAAGGAAACUACCAUCUUGCCGGCGGCUUCUGCAUCCCCAGGUGGUGGAGACGAGGAGAUUCCGGAGGGCGAGGGUGGUGGUGACGGGUCGCAGGAGGAGGAGGGUGGUGGUCGUUCGACUGAAUCGGUGGUGGAGAAGAUGGGAUCGAAGAUAAGGAUGAAGACGAACAGCUUUGCUUACAAUAUGGCAAUGGGGUUAGAAUAGUAUAGUGUUUGUAGAUCGUAUGUGUAUGAGGUUCGAUGAGGCCGUUUUUGGAUGUGUUUUCUUGUAUGUGCGCCUUUUCCUAGUUUUUUUUUUUUUUUUUUUUUUGGGUAUUUCUUCCUCCCCAACCUCAAAUAAUGGUGGUUUAUAAGUAAUCCGGUGUUUGUUGCAUAUAUAAUGAUCUUUUGACA